AUGCGAGCGAUACUAGGCGCGGCAUAUAGCGUAGACGAACAUCUAGAGUUGAGCGAUGAGGAUGGGGAUCAUGUAGUUACCGCGUUAUACGGCGCUACGAGAGCGGAAGAGGCCGACACCGUUAGAUUCCUUUUAGAGCAAGGCGCAGAUAUGUAUGCAACUUUCACACUAGAUCGAAGUAGGUCCGACUUGUUUUGGGGUCCGCGUCCGUCAGGUUUCUCUGUCAGGAAAACCUCGGUCUUCAGGGCUUCUACGUCCUCCCUACUCCGUGCCCUGCGUUUCCCGUAUGCGCUUGUGCCUCAGGUAUACUUGGAACGAAAUCGACUUAUCAGGGCCUCAUGGACCCUGUCCUCUGAGCCGUCUAUGAAACCACAAAGAUUAUUAUGUCUGGCCCUAAGAAAUGGCGUCUGCGAUGCUGCGGAAUUUCUCAUGCAAAGAGGAUGUGAUUAUGAGCAAGGGGAUGAUCUGGGACGAACAGCGAUAUUCCAUGCCAUCAGUCAAGAUGCAAUGCGAAAGACGGUCCCGUACCUAGCUAGGAUUGGAGCCAGGUUCGAUAUCACAGAUAACGAUGGAAGGACACUUCUACACUACCUGUGUCAGCCGAGUUUCAUAUCAAGCUUUCGCUGGGGCACUGUGGAUAGUUAUGUGCACUGUAUAAAAUUACUACUUGCACAUGGGAUUAAAGUUAACACACAGGAUGGGUCAGGAAUGACCCAUUUGCACGUUGCAACAGAGUCAAACCUUCCAGGCAUAGCUGGAACACUUAUAAGGUGCGGCGCUUAUAUCUCUGCUCGGUGUCACAGACGUCUCACCCCUCUGGAUUACAUACCACUUCCGCGCAGGGUAGAAGCCGCGUAUCUCACCUAG